AUGGAAAAAAAUAAGAGCGAAUUUUAUAAAAGAAUAUAUAAAUGUAUUGAAGAAUGUCUUCCAAAUUAUGUAAUAGAAAAAGGUGUCAAAUUUGAAUCAGAUGUUGAAAUAUAUUAUGGUAAUAGUGGGUUUAGAGGUAAAUAUAAAAAUGAUAGAUGUGAUUUAAUCAAUGUUUUAAAUAAAAGUGGAAUAAUAUUAGGAUUAUUGUUUAUUAAAUAUAAUUAUAAGUUAGCACAAAAAUAUAAUCUUCUUGAAUUUGAUAUUGAUUUAGAUAAAAAUAAUAUCAUUGAUAUUGUGUAUAAACAUAAAAUAAAAUGGAAAAAUAUAGGAAUUGUUAUUACUGCAUCACAUAACCCGUUUGAUGAGAAUGGAAUAAAAAUAAUUGAUAAAGAUGGAAGACAAAUAAAUGAAAUAUAUGAAAAUUAUUUAUCUGAUCUUUCUAAUAAACAUUUAAAAUAUAUAAAAGAAAAUAAAAAUAAUAAUUGUAAAAUUGAAGAUAUUAUUAAUAAUAUAAUUGAUACAAUUGUUCAUAUAUUUUUAAAAGAAACUCAAAUUAAUCUUUAUGAUAAUAAAAUAUAUAAUCAUAUAAAAAAAAUAGACAAUAUUAUAUAUUAUUGUAAUAUAUAUAAUAAAAUAGUUAAAACAAAUAUUUGUAUAGGUUUUGAUACACGAGAUAGUGGAUUACAUUUAAAUAAAAUUAUCAUAAAUACAUUAACUUCUUUAAACAUUUCAAAAUGUAUAAAUAAUAUGUGUUAUAUUACAACUCCUUCUAUGCAUUUUCUUGUCUAUAUUAUGAAUUCUGAAUUGGUAAAUAAUUUUAUUCAAGAUAUUUUUUUUCAAUUAGGGAAAAAUCAAAUUUGUAAAACAAAAAGAGAUUUAUUUUAUCUUAAUUCAUUUAAUUUGAAAUUAUUAAAAAAUGUUCAGGAUCUUUAUUUUGGUAUACCUGAAAAAUGGAACAUCGAUAUUGAUAGUAAAAAUGAUGAAAUGUAUUCAAAUAUUUUAGCUUAUAAUAGUGAUGAAUUUUAUUUCGAUUAUUUUAUUUAUUUAUUUAAUAAUUUGUACAAUUAUAUUAAUACUAUUUAUGACAAUAUUUUUAUCAAAAAUUGUAAAAAAGAAAUUAUAUAUGUUGAUUGUUCAAAUGGUAUUGCAAGUCUAAAAAUAGAUAAAUUUAAUGAUAUAUUUAAAAUAUUAAAAAAAAAUAUAUUUAAAUUUAAUUGUUUACAAAAUGAUAAUAAUGUUCUAAAUUUUGAAUGUGGAGCAGAUUAUGUUUAUAAUAAAAAAAAAAUUCCAUCAAAUAUUCCAUUGAAUUAUUUUAGCGACUCAAAGUUUUGUGCAUUUGAUGGUGAUGCAGAUAGGAUAAUUUAUUUUUUUAUUAAAAAUGAUAAUUUAGAAAAUCAAAUUGAAAUAUUAGAUGGAAAUAAAAUAGCCUGUUUAUUGUUCAAAUGUAUAAUCAAAAUGUUAUCUAAUAUAUCCAUAAAAAAUGAAGCGAACAAAGUUGACAGAAAAAAAAUCGACAUAAAUAUUAUACACACUGCAUAUGUAAAUUCGGCCUUUACAAAUUAUAUAAAUAGCGUAAUAAAUAGUGUAAGUACAGACAUACCCAUUUUUAACCAUAUCAAUAUCAAUGUAAUAUGCACAAAAACAGGCAUGAAAAAUCUUGAUAAUAUAGCUCGAAAAUCUUCCAUAGGUAUAUUAUUUGAAUCUAAUGGACAUGGUUCUAUAUAUGCUAAUUCAUCAAAUUUAGAUGCAUGGGCAAAACAAUUUGAUAUUCAAAAAGACCCAUAUUUUAUAGCAUUAAAAAAAUAUUUACUUUUUUUUAAUCAAACAACUGGAGAUGCUAUAAUAGAUUUUAUAGCUAUUGAAUUAUCUUUAAAUUUUCUUAAUUUAAACAUAAAUCAAUGGAAUAUGUUUUAUACUUCUAUUCCUUCAUUAUAUAUAAAUAUAGAAUGUCCUAGAUAUAUAUUAAACAAAAUUAUACCACAUCCACAACAUGAGUUGUAUUUGAUAGAACCCAAAUCUUUGCAAAAUCAAAUUGAAGAAAUUGUAAAAAAAACAGAUAUGAAAUAUGGGAGAUGUUUUAUUAGACCUUCUGGAACUGAAAAUUUAAUUCGAAUAUAUGCAGAAGCAGAAACGGUAAAACAGAUGGAUGAAAUUCUUGACAAAGUUCAAAAAGUUGUAGUUGAAUAUAUUAACAAUAAUUAA